GGGCAAACGAGAAAUAUGGCAAAGCCAAAUAGAAUCAAAGGAAUACAUACAUUCUUUUACACUUUACAAUGGGGAAUUACUCUAAUGUAAUAAUGACAAAUCUAUAGGCACACUAGUCUAUAUGAUAUUUAACAAAUAGUGUGCUUAUAAGUAUGAAAAAAAAAUUCAUUAGCCAAAAUAUUGCACAAAUAUUUUAUUUCUUUCAUUGGGUAUCUUUUUUAUUAACUCUUUUCUAGGCAGUUGCUUGCUGACUUGAAGAAAAUGAGUAAUUACAUGUAACAAUGGCUCAAAAGGAGGCAGGGUCACACCAUGCCAGCUAUGAUGACCUUCACGUGACCCAUGACCUCCCAGCUCCUGAAGGGUCCCCUUCGAGACGAGAGACGAAAUCACUACAUGACCUCCAGCUGGCUGUCAGAAACUCGGAAGAAAAGAAAGUGACAGAAUUCCUAACCUCGUCUGGAUCCGAGAUUAAAAUACAAACGAAAGGGCAGAUCCCUAAACCAGAGAGUAUUUCAGAUUCUGGUUUUGAUGGCAGUGGGAGUCCACCUCAAUUCCAAGAUGAGGCUGCUAUUCUUGGAAAAGUUGGAGGAGGGCAGUCCAAUGAUUCCUCCCAGACAGACGGCGGGGAACCACCUCGUCUACUUCUGGUGUCCACAAAAAUCAGGAAUAGCAUCUAUUUCAGGCAUAGCAUCAAACCCAAUGUGAUUUUUGUACAGUACAAGUAUGACUCCAUGACAACAGAAGGAAUUCUGGGCCUUGUGAACCAGACUCUGAGUGAUAGAAAAGUGGACAGUAUAGCUCUGAUGAUGAGCUGCUGUGGUCCUAACAUCCAGAUAUCAGGCAAGGACGACAAGGUUGCAUCAAAGGACACAGUUUGUGAGAACCAACAGGUCAAGGACUUCUUCGUGACCCUAGUGACCUCUCACCUGAACUUUGACAGUGAAUGCCCUCACCUUGAUUUUCUGGCCUGUAAUGCUGUUCUGCACCCAGAUGGAGUGGCCAUUAUAAAGGAGCUAGAAAAUCUAGUGAAAGUCAAGGUGACUAUGGCAAGAGAUAUAGCUGGAAAUGACAGCAAACAGAGCUCUGAAAAUAAAAUAAGUGUUGGUAAACUUUAUUUUCGGAUGGAGAAAUUAAGAGGUUUGACUGGGAACAACCAACAGUCUCUGGCAGGUUUUGAGAAAAUACAAACUGUUGGAAAAGGGGCUUAUGGUGCUGCUGUAUUGUAUAGAAAGAAAGAUGAUGACUCUCUUGUGAUCUUGAAGGAAAUUAACAUGCACGACCUGAAUGCAGCAGAGAGACAGCUGGCUCUGAACGAGGUGUCUAUCCUGGCUAUGUUGGACCACCCUAACAUCAUCAGUUACUAAGACAGUUUUG